GAAAUUAAAUUUGUACAGUUCAAAUCAUAUACGGUUCAUCAUUUUGAUCCUCGUAUUGGGCCUUUGUCAAGGAAACAGAGAUGCUAGCUAUAAAUAUGCAAUUGAAAAAGGAGACUAUCCUUUUCUUGUGUUACUUCAGGUUAAAACGUCCAGUGACGGAGAGCAGUUCGGGAACGGUUGCCUUGUGUCACUGACCUGGGUACUGUCACUGUCGUGCUUUCUCUACAAGGCAACCAAGGAGCAGCAUAAUCCUGACUAUACGGUGUCAGUGUUCGCAGGACUUGUCGUCAUGAAUGAAACUCGCUCUGCUGCUAAUAGAAGAGUCGCUCGAAUAGUUCCAGAUGAACUGUCAAGUAAAGGGGAUAACGGCCCUUGUCUCGUCCUUCUCCAGCUGGAGUCAGCGUUCCUGGAGAACAACUGGAUCCGACCUGCUCCUCUCAACAAUGGUAUGAUCAGUGUUGAGUCUAAAUUGGUCGCCUGGGCUUGGGACCUGGAUGCCAAGAAUAAUCUGUUACAUGCUGUAGCCUUGAAGAUGGCAUCUUUAUCUGGACUGAAAUGCUACCAUGAGUACGGGGUAGCGCACUACAGAUGGGAAAUGUGCUCCUACGACACUCACAAAACUACCCCUGGCCGUGAGAGAGAGGGCGCGCUGCUGGUAGACGAUGGAUACCUGACCGCCCUCAAGUACGAGAACACUAACGUCUUAUCGCCCAAGUCCACACCCAUCGUCCUUAUGGCCAGGCUGUACUGGUUCAUUAGCUGGGUUCAAUACUGCGUUGUGGAUAAUACUCUUAAAACGUCUUUCGUUGAGACGGAUAACACUGAAGACGACCUGUUUCCUCUGCCAUGGUCUAAGAAACGUUCUAAAUCGCCAUCUCUCAAGGUGAAUGUCUACCUGUCCUUCCCUCUGACAAUGGCCGUCCUUCCAGUGAUGCAGCAUUGCCUAUCAGCAGUAAUGUUUUAAAAAGUUAGGUUUGGCACCAUUAUAAUGAUUUAUAAAAUGACUAUUUAUAUCCUUUA